AUGACACCCUUCACAGUCAACAUAUACCCUUUUUUAAGUCUCUAUGGGAAUGAUAACUUUCCUAUUGAUUUCACCUUCUUUGACGGUGCACCACAGCCCGUUGUCGAUGACGGGAUCCAAUACACGAACGUUUUCAACGCUAAUUACAAUUUUUUAGUGUCCGCAUUAAAGGCUGCGGGCUACGGUGACAUGCCGAUUAUUGGAGGGGAGGUCGGGUGGCCGUCCGACGGGGAUAAAAAUGCGAACGUUAACAUGGCGUAUCGGUUCUACAACGGGCUUUUACCCCGCCUUGCUUCAAACAAAGGGACAUCACUUCGGCCCGGCCCGAUAGAAGUGUACCUUUUCGGGCUUAUUGAUGAGGAUGCCAAGAGCAUUGCCCCGGUCAACUUCGAAUGGCAUUGUGGGAUUUUUCGAUAUGACAGGCAGCCCAAGUUUGCUAUGGAUAUAUCAGGACGAGGUCAGAACUCGUUUUUGGUACCGGCCCAAAACGUGCGGUACCAAGAGAAAAAGUGGUGCCAGUUUAACCCGAACGUGAAAGAUUUGAAUAAACUCAGGGAGAAUAUUAACUACACUUGUACUUUCAGGUUUGACAUGAUCUGGACCCUUAUGAUGACGCCUAAUAAAAACAAGUUCGGGUUCCGCCACUGA